UGAAGAUUAUUCGACACGAAUAGGAAUAUAUUCGAAUAUCUUAAAAAGAGCAAAACAGCUCGCUUAUAUGAAGUUAAAUUAUCUAAAUUCGCUUUGACUCGCAGUACGAAGCCGAUAUUUAUUUACAACGCCGUUUACAAGUGCAGAUCGUGUUCAGUGUUCAAAAGUUCAUUUGAAAUAUUAACGAUUAGUUGUUGGUACAGCCAGGCGUCUUCGGCGAUCUUCAGCGCGAAUUCAGUAGUAAUAGUGAAAAUUCAAUUUCAAUUCAAAUUUGAACAAUAAGGUAUUGCAUUGCGUGCACGAACAAAAGAACAAAAGUGUAAUUAUGGAUAAUUCACGUCGCUCGAUUGCGCCCAGCGAGGACAGCAUCAGUAUGUAUUUGUCCUUCGACACCGAUGCCGAUGAGACGCUCGCUAGCAAAUGGCAAUCAGUGAUGGCUACCCAAACCACUCAGUAUUUGGAGAUGCAGAGCAUCGAGGACAUGCAACACAAUGACACCCUCGAGCAGAAGAACAAAACGAAGAAAAACAUGCUUGAGUUACUAAUCAAAAAUGAUAUGGGCAAGGAUCAUGUAUCCCCUUUGCGUCCCUUUGACAAAAGCAUUCUAAGCAAACACAACGCAUUGUGCUCGACGCCUACGAAGAAUGUACGCCCGGCUUUUGCUGUUAUUGAUGGCGAUAACAAGGAGAACUCGCAGCCGGAUGAGCAGAACUCCACACUGUCAUCGAGCAUAGACGCCACUGCAUCCACAGUGAAGACCAACACAAUGUUCAAUGAAGCAAAUGCGACACUUGAUGAAAUUUCAGUUAAGGAGCACAACAAGACUAACAAUGUAUACCCCUUGAGCGCCGAUGUUGUGCUGGAAAAUAUCACUGAAGUUUCGAAUGAGGAGCCAUCGAUGAUGAUGCCAUCACCCGUCGUUGACACUGGAGAUGCUGUCUUGGCGAUUGUAGACAAGAUGAAAGCAGAUGCUGUAGUUGCUGAUAUCGUAAAGGAGAAGAAACCGCUGACUAUGCCAACACUAUCAGAGGGCAAGGUGGAAGCAGCAGACACUGGCGUUGCUGAAAUGGUAAACGAGGUCUCCGAGCUUAUUGCCAAGGCUAUGAAAUUCAGCGAGAACUCCAAAAGACAAGCGAAGCCCUCGCAGAAAGUGCCUACAAUGGCCUUGCCCCGACCACGUCGCUCCUUUCUGCCCACAGUUACUGGGACAACUUUUAAGCAACGCAUGUCCAUCGUGGUUAAGACCACCUUGAACAGCCCCGCACGGAAGCUGGCAACAAGCAAUACGCUUGCUCGUCGCAGCUGUCUGCCCGCCCCAAGACUAAGCAUUGGCGGUGGCACUGGCUACCGCAAGUCGACAAUGAUACGCUCCAUAAGCGCCAGUAGCUCAUCCACGAGCACUUCACGCUCUGUGAAAACUGCUGCGGCAGCUCCUGAUUCCACUGCUAAAUCCCAGUUGGUUACUCAGGCUCCAGCGGCGCAGUUCAAAUGCAAAUUGUGCAGCGCCAGCUUUCGCUUGAAGAAAUUGCUCGAUACACACAUUGAGUCGCACUGGAAAUGCCGGCCAGCAAGGAACAAAGAGUCGGAGUCGUGCUGCAAGUAUUGUGACAAGAAAUUUGUGCUGGAGCGUGCGCUUCACAUACAUCUAAUGCAGAAUUGUACAAAGAUUCCGCCGAGCGAGAAGCGUAAGCUUCAAUUUACUGAGCUGAAUCACGUGGAGAAGGCAAAGCUGCCGAAGCUGAUGGUAUCUGGCAGCGACAGCUCCAAGCCGCGUGUGAGCAUAAUGCCUGCGAUUGAAAAAGAACCGACUAUGUCCAUGGGUAAGUUUCAAGCGAGAGAGACCUCUGCAGCCUCGUUAGUAACUUGCAAUGAAGGCGCCACCACAAUCCCAAUGACGAAAAGCGAACCAAUGCCGCCGCCAUCAAUGAAAAAGUUGACCAAGAAAGUGGCCCAUUCGGGCGUCUAUCGUACGCCGACCAAAAUGGUGCCGUGUCACAUCUGCAAGCAGUCGUUUAAGAGCGUCCUUGACUACACUACACACAGUCUGACAGUCCACUCGAAAAACCAGAAGCAGGACACCAACAACUUACAACUGAAUGCUCCAGAUCAGGCUUAAAUCAAAUACCCUUUAGCUUAAGUUGUGUUUACUUUAAUACUUAUAUACAGUUUAUAUCAAAUAUACGAUUUAACUGCAAUGUA